CGCUGGCAAAGCAGCCGAAGGAAAAGGCGUGUGCCCGUUCCGCCGUCGGGCAGGAGGGACAUGGCAGUAGCGGGCGUUACGAGAGUAUUUUCGCGGGGGAAGCAGAAAUGGGGUUCAUCUGUCGCUCAUAGGACAGGCUUAGGCUUCCCUCAGUUAUUGGGUUGUAAACAGAAAUCAUCACACAGUGUGCUUAACCGGUCUGAUCAACCCAAGCUAGCUUAUAAUAAGCUGAAAGGCAGGAGUCCAGGGGUUGUCUUCCUGCCUGGUAUUUUUUCAAAUAUGAAUGGUGUAAAGGCACUUGCAUUAGAAGAUUUCUGCAAAUCAGUUGGUCAUGCUUUUGUAAGGUUUGAUUACAGAGGCUGUGGGAGUUCAGAAGGCAGUAUAAAAGAGUGUACUUUAGGAAAGUGGCGGAAAGAUGUGCUUUCAGUGUUGGAUGAACUCACAGAGGGACCACAGAUUUUAGUUGGUUCCAGUUUGGGUGGAUGGUUGAUGCUUCAUGCUGCAAUUGCCCGUCCAGAAAAAAUAGCUGCACUAGUUGGAAUAGCUGUAGCUGCAGACCAUCUUAUAUCAACUUUUCAACAACUUCCUCUAGAGGCAAAAAAAGAAAUAGAAGAAAAGGGUGAAUGGAAACUCGCAACCAAACACAAUGAAGAAGGAUUUUACUCUGUGCCAUAUGAACUCAUUCAGGAAGCAGAAAAUCACUGUGUGUUGAGCAGUCCGCUACCUAUUACGUGUCCUGUAAGACUUAUCCAUGGCUUAAAGGAUGAAGAUAUUCCAUGGCAGAUUUCUAUGAAACUUGCAGAGAAUAUUGUCAGUGCAGAUGUGGAUAUUAUUCUCCGCAAAUCUGGCCAACAUCGGAUGAAAGAGAAAGAUGAUAUCAAAGUUAUUGUAUAUACUGUGGAAGAUUUAAUUGAGCAGCUAAGUACUUAAUAUGAAUUGUGUUGUACCUAAGUUUACAUAUUGUUCUAGAAGAGAAAAAGAAAAUUUCAAAAGGUGACUGGUCAACUUGAACAAGCUGGAGCUUUAAAAAAAUUUUUUUUUCUGUAAAUACACUAAUUUCUUUAUGCUGCAUUUGCACAAGUAAUAAAAUGAAGAAAUGCUACUGUUAACCACAUUUUACCACAUAUAAAUCAUCACUAUGCAAUAUGCAUUUCUAAUAUUUUGUACUCUGAUUGAUUAAUGUCAAUAAAUAGUAUGCUUUUUAUCUUCGGGUGCAGCAUGACUUAUUUUCCUUUUUAUACCUUAAAUGCAAACUAUACUGUUCUUCCAACUGAUUUGUAAAAUAUAGGUUUUCUGUGCAUGUUAGAAUUUUAGCUAAAAUUAUUUCUUAUGUGUAUGUGUAUACGCAUAUAAUUUGGUAUUUUUUACAUUGGGAAAUAUUAAAAACUAGGGAUAAAUAUGCUCUCUAUUGAAUUAAUUUAAAUUAUUAAUUUUUAUGUCUAUGUUCCCACUUUCUACCUGUACUCAAGACAGAUUACUUUGAAAUACUGGUUAUUUUCAGGAAAUAGAAAUUUAUGAAACAGUUUGGUUUGCAAUUUGCAUUGAAGAAGUAACUUUCAAUAACAUAAAUUCCAUUGAUAACAUUACAUCCUAAGCAGAAUUAUUUAUAUAGAUUUUAGUGAAGCUUUCUUCUAAAUAUAUUGCCUGCAUAGAGUUGGAAAUGUUGCACUAAAUCAGUUGCAAAAACUUCUUGUUGUUUAUUAAAAAGAAACAAAAGAAAAGGAUCACAUUACAAUAUUAUUAGUAUUUGCUGAUUAUUUACUAUUAUUUAAGGUUACAGAAGAUUUUGAGAUUAAUUUCCAGUAUGAUGUCCCAAUUUGGACUGGAAUGCCCUGUCUGAGUGAGACUACCUGAUCAUUGCCAACAACGCAUUCCUUGUAAGAAGUUGAAUUCUGAGUCAUAGAGCAGGGGUCACCAACCCGCAGGCUUUGGCCCUUUACUGGGCUGGGACUUUCCAGGACCGGGCCCCACAAGCAGCCUUCCUAGAACAUGUGCACAUGCAGCUCAACUUGUACAAGUUGAGUUUUGCACAGAUGUGCAUGCACGCUGGCUUGUCACUCGCACAAGUUGGAACCUGCUGGAAUAGAAAGUAAAACUAAUGUUUACACAGCCUUAGUUGUAAAUGGUCAAACUCUGUUUUGGACUGCUUCUACUGGUAGUUUUAAAAUUUAUAAUACAAUUGUUCAGUUAUUUCAUACAUUGAGCUACCAUUCUAUUAUUUGUAAGUGAUAAGGAUCCUCAGAAUAAAGUUAAUUUGUAUAAAACCUUUUGACCUACAUAAUACUUUAACUUUACCUGAUCAUUCCUAGGAAACAUUGUUCAACAUUAGGCAAUGCUAUUCAAAGUUUUAUUUCUUACAAAAGCUAUGUAUAUGUAAGAUUGUUUUUCCCUAGUUGAACAGAAAAUAAAUUCAGGUACCAUUAAAAGUCAGUCAUAACAACAGGAGUUUAGUAAAUUACUAACCUCCUGUUGUUAAUGGCUGACUUUGUAUGUUACAAGACAAACAUUGAAUCCAUUUCAGCUGCAAAACAGGUGACAUGGAGCAUGAAAGUAAAGAUUCAAAUAUUCAAUAGCUAAGUAUAUGGCAGUUUGUAGAUAUCUUGUUGCUAACUAUUGCAAAUAGAAUUACCUAAGCACAUAGUUUUUGAAGGACUUUGACAAAGAUAUAUAAUGCAGAUGAGUGAGAGCGGGAGGAGAGGUAUUUUACAUGUUGUAAAAUGUUCUAAAUCACAAAAAUUAGGAAGUAGUAUGAAAUUAGUGGACCUAAAUUCAUUAUGGGUAAUUAAUCAUGAAGUACGUACAGGAGAAAUACAUAAGUCUGGAACGACUUUCAGAUUUAUUAUAUUGUUAUAAAAAGAAAACUUUUGGCUUAAAACAAAGUCCCAAUAGCUUGUUUUCCAGAAAUCAAACAUCAGCAGGAAAUGAGGGCAAUAUAAAACUAAUGUUAUACAGAUCUAAUUAUUUCAUUAUUUUGACAUUGGUUCUAUCUUGGCUAUAGAGCAGUAAAUUUGAAAGCAGAAUCUAGAGCAAGUGAUGUUUUCCUUUUUUAUAUAUGCAUAAAAACACACUGACACACACACAUACACACACACUCAUAAUGCAAAAAUGCCUGAAGGCCAAGGAUGUUCCUUUCAGCUGAGUGAGCGAGAGGGUUGGCCUUUGAAAUCUUGUUGCAUUCAUAGUUACAACUGAAUAAACGGCUGUAAUUAUUUUUUUUUACAUCUCAAUGCUAAGAUGUUUGAACGUGACUAGGGGCAUUUAUUUGUUUAUUUAACCAAAGCCAUGCCUCUCCAAUUAUAGACUUUCAAAGAAACUUUAAAAAUGUAGAAUUAUAUCAGUAAUGAAGCAUAGUAUUCUAGGAUGAAAAAAAGUCACACUUUAAAUCA